AUGGAGGAAGGGCCAGAGAAAACAAAGGAUGCGCCAGCUCCCAGGCAGCGGGAGGAGUGUGCAGAGGCGGUCAUCCAGCACCCUCGGAAGUGCCGCUUCUUCCGUGAGCCUGCCGGGCCUUGGUGCAGUUUCUCCAUUUGCCUCAAGGUUUGGCCCAUGGGGAAGCAUAGGAGCUACUCGGAAGCCUCGAGUUCUGAAGAGUCCUCGCAAUGGGAGGACUGCUUGGCCGUAGCCGUGCAGGUGCUGCCACCGAGGAACUCUUGCUCGAAGUGGGUUUGCCCAGAUGUCGAGGUCGAGCUCGAAGUGCGGAACUUCAAGGACGAGGCCCUGCGCGUCCGGAGGCUGUGGAAGAAGACCUUCUGCGACAAGUCGAGCUCUGUCGGGGCUCGGCCUCUCCUGCCCAGCCGGCAUCUGACGAUCGAGGAGGGCUGGUGCAAUGCGGAAGACGAGCUGUUCGUGACUGCAAGAGCAAGGUUCCAGGCCCCUGCUGACCCUCUUGACACGAUGCUGUUCAGAAAGCUUGACUUUGCACAGCAAUCGCCGCAGGUGGUCUUUAAGUUGUGCGAGGAGCCUUUGCUUUACUUUGACAAGCGGAUUCUGGUGGCGCGGUCGGAAUAUUUUAGGACAAUGUUCGAGUCGCAGUCCUGGUUGGAAGGACAGACCAACGAGGUCGACCUGAGCAAAGACCGCCUGGCGGAUCGCCGCACGAUCUUGGCGAUGUUCCGCUACCUCAUGUCCAACACCUUCUCCGCCGAAGAUUCGACGUGGGCGCUGUCCGUUCGGCAGUUUGCAGACAGGUAUGGAAUGGCCGAUUUCGUGGAGCGCAUUGACACGGAGCUAAUGCAGUUGGUGUCCCGGGACAAUCUUUUGAUUUUCUUGGGGCACGUGUACGGCAAGGGCGGGCGGCUGGAAAGCUUCUGCCUGGAUAUGCUGAAGGAGAAGACCCACUCCGUCCUAGAUCGGCACAGGGGCAAGUUGGAUGAGUUGCUACAGGAAAAGCCCGAGUUGGCCAAGACGGUAAUCCUGCAGCUGAUGCAGCGAGACAAAGAGUCCCGGAAGAGGAGCCGUUCGCGACGGCGCUCGCGGGGGUCCAGACGGCACUGA